CCCUGGCGGGGCCACGGGGCCCCUCCUUGGUGGCGGUCGCAGCAUCCUAUAAAGUCUCACAGGGACCAGGGCUGCACCGAGCACAGCACCCGUGCAGAGAGACACCAUGAAGCCCCUCAUCCUGCUCACCCUCCUGGGCCUCCUCACCCUUGGCCUCUGCCGCAGAGCUGCUGACCGCUCCCUCAGCGCAGAUGACUCACCCAGCUCCGAAGCCUUCGUCUCCAGACGCGCCAGCGCCGAGGUGGUGCGGAGACACAAGAGGAAUUACAUCUAUGACAGCGUCUAUGGUGCUGUGCAUGACCCACUGGAGGCCAAGCGUGAGGUGUGUGAGUUCAACCCUGACUGCGAUGAGCUAGCCGACCACAUUGGCUUCCAGGAAGCAUACCGGCGCUUCUACGGCCCCAUCUAGCCCCCACCAUGCCCCCCCAGCCAUGCUGUGGCCCUGCAGGUGCUGGGUCUGAGCUCAGAGCACCAACCUCCCUCGAGCAGCCCUCCUUUUACACCCCCUUCUGUUAACCGUGAAAAGAAAUAAAUGCACAAAUGGUGUA